CCGUGAAAGCGAGGUUAGGUUUUGUAGGAUCAAAACAUCAAUCAACCCCACAACUACUUUUUCGGCUAUGAAACCAUCAAUAUUGAAAUUAAGUAGUUGGACUAGUUCAGAUAUUUCACUUUUCUUUCAAAUUUUAUCUUACUCCAAGUAAUCAUGUCGGUACCUGCAACUAUGUCAUUUUCUGAUAGUGAACCUUGUCCCACCCUGAACCUGCAAGUGUUUGUUUGCAGCGUUUGUGGAGAGGAUCAUGAGACUGAAAAUUGUUCUGUACUUCAAAGUCUGAAACAGGUGUAUGAUUCCAGGAUUUUGUCACGGGCCAGACAAACCUUGCCCAAAGAUCUCAUUGUCAAGACAUUGGCAGAUGGUAGUACUACUGUUAUCUCCAAUGUAAUAAUUGCUCAAGGAACUCAGUUUGGUCCUUUUCAAUCACCUCUAUCAAUAGAUCUUCAUCCUGGAAUUGUAUUUCCCCUCAAAGUAUUUGGUAAGAGUUUGGAUGAAGGUUAUUAUUUGGAUACUACUGAUGAAGAGCUGUGUAAUUGGAUGUGCCUUGUUGCCGCAGCAACUAACAUCAGGGAGCAAAACCUCAUAUGCUAUGAUGUGAAACAAAGCAUUUAUUUUACAACAACAAGAGAUGUGCAGCCAGGAGAAGAACUUCGUGUAUGGUAUGCGCUAUAUUACGGGCUGAAACUGCAGGCCCUACCAUUGUCAGACGACUCCGUCCAAGAGGAAGGAUUUUUUGAUCUAGCUGAUGAGGCAGAGGGGAGGUGUAAAUCAAAUGAAGAAGCCUCCGUCUUGCUUGGUCAAGACUUACUACAGACACUUGCCCAGCAUCUGCCAGCUCAUGUUCUGGGGGCUUCACGAGAAAGAGAUGUAUGGAUUUGCAAAUUGUGUGGUAUGCAGGAAUCAAAUGUUGCUAGUUAUGCUCGCCACCUUAUGACACAUUACCACCAGCAAAUAAAUGAUCACCCAAAAUGUAACAUUUGUGCUAAGCGUUUCUUAAGUAAAAAGGUACUGCAGAAGCACAUGUUGAAGUUUCACAAAAGUGCCAGUGAUGGAGCCACACAAAUGAAGAUUUCUCUUGAUGAAUCUCAGACAAGAGAUCUUGAGAGCUCUGAAUCUCAGGUAGAUAAAGGUCUGCGCUUUGAUCUCAAAGAGACUUCUGGUCUCAAACUGGAACAUGAUGUUGAUUCUGUUCAUGAGUCCGUUCAACCACAUCAUUCUAAAAAUUCUGAAGAAAAACUGGAUAAUGAGAAGAGUGUCUUAUCUUCAGAUAGUAAAAGUAUAAGUCAAAGCCCCAAGAAAAGCUUGGGUAGUGAUGUAUCUGAUGUAUCUGGUGAAAAUGGUUUGGAGUUGCAUGUUGCAAGUAACAGUGAGCAAUUGGUAAUCCAGUCAAAUAAUGGGGAAAGUUUUUCAAAAACUGUCAAUUUAAGUGGAGCUGAGGACCUAGACAAAGCUCUAGCUACUGGAGAACCUAUAACAUUCAUUGUGGCAGCACCAACUGAUGGAAAUGAAACUUUUCUGACAAAUAGAAUUGUUUCUGACAAAAUGACGCAACCUAAUAUUGGUGAACCUUCAGAUGCAUCUUUCAGUCUGGUUUCACCACAUCAUUCCUCUAGUCCAGACCUAGGGGAACAUGAAAAUGAAAAUCUAGCAUAUAAUUGCGACAUUUGCCAUAAAUCCUUUGGAAAAUGCUCAUAUUUAUACCGCCACCUUCGCAAGCAUACCGGUGAAUUUACUUGUGUUACUUGUCUGGCAGUGUUUGCUCGCAAGGAAAAUUUGAAAACUCACUCAUGCUCUCAACCCAAAGAAUGGUUCCCUUGUUCCACUUGUGGAAAAAAGUUUUCAGCAAAGAAAUACCUACAACGGCAUGUCCCCAUGCAUACAGGAGAGUUUUCCUGCCGUGAAUGCAAAAGAAACUUUGCAUCGAGGCUUUCUUUGAAGUGUCAUCGAUGUAGUGGAAAUAAAUUGGAACCGGGGAAGGUCAUGAUAAGCUGUUUCUUGUGUAAACAAUCAUUUGAAUCAGAAUUUAAAUUACAGUCUCAUCUUAAGGCACAUGAUUUGAAUAAAAACAAAUCUGGUCCUCCUAAAUCAAAAAUUUGUAAAUCUCAUUCUUUACAGAAGCAUGCCAAAAAAAAGGAUGAUAGCAUUCCAGAACUAAGUCAGAGUGAGUCACCUGAAAGAAAAGUUUUUAUUUGUGAAGUUUGUGGUGCAAUAUUUAAAAGUUCCUCUAGCAUGAAGACUCAUAGAUUUCUUCAUGAAGAGAGGAAGUUUGAAUGUGGUAUUUGUAAAAAGCGAUUUCAUAGGAAAGAUGUUUUACAAGAACAUUUGCGUGUUCAUCAGGAUGCCAAUUUUCCUUGCUCAAUUUGUGGGAAGAAGUACAAAACUAAAAAGAGUCUUUAUGUCCACUCACUUAUUCAUAAAGGAUCCAAACGCUUUGCCUGUGGGGUUUGUGGAAAAGAAUUUUUUCAGAAGGGAAAUUUGUUUAAACAUAUGCAAACUCACACUUCUGAACGACUUUAUAAUUGUGAAUACUGUGAGAAAUCAUUUUCAUCUAAGGAAUACUUCAAUAUUCAUGUACUAUCGCACACUCAGGGAAAAAUAUUUCAGUGUGAGGCCGAGGCUUGCAAGAGAAGUUUUGUAAAGAAACACUUACUAGAUACCCAUCGUCAACUAUACCAUUCAAAUCGUGGUUUCUUGUGCAAAUUUUGCAAUACUGUUAUUCGACAUCGACACUCAGUCCGCCGCCACCUAGAGAAAACCCAUGGCGAACAUCAAGAAGAGUGGUCGGCUCCAGGUUUCCUAGAUACUCUUCUCGCUGAGCUCCCAGAAAAUUUAUUACAACUAUCAGGGGACCUAAAACUAUCCCCUAAACAGCAGGAAGAACGCCAGCAUUUAUUAGAAUCGCUACGGAAAAUGCAUUUUCAAAACAAAAGUAUUCUGACAGGAGCCCCUGUUGACACGGUGUCAUCUAAAGUGUUCACACUUUCUCCAAUUUCAACACCUGAAGUUCAAGUAACUUAUCCAAACCAGGUGGAUUCUCAAGUUAUGCUUCAGCCCUCUCAACAACUGACACUCAUUGAUAACUUUUUACCGGACUAUGUUCAAACCGAGUCAACAAUGUUGCUGGGUGAGGAGCAUUCUGUCAUUGUGUCUGAGAGUGUCCAAGGUUCAGAAGGCGAAAUACUACUAACACUGGUAGACCAAGAAUCAUCUGAUAGUAAUGUACCUAACACAACACCUGUUCUCACCUCUGCUGCUUUUGGCUGUGAUAUCAUUGACCCAGGGGGUACUUUUAUGAUGGAAGACAUCAAUGGAAACAACAGUGUGUUAUUGUACGUGGUAGAAACAUCAAAUGGUGAGGAAGGUGACUCCCAAGACUUUGUGUGGUGUAAUGAUGCUGUUAGAGAGUAAAUGUAAGAAAGAAUACUUUAAGAUUGUUAUUCUAGUCUUCCUUCUCUUGUCAGAGAUAACAUUUUGGGUUUGAUGUGUAUUUUUAUGUGGCUGAGAUAUGCAGUGGGAGUGAGUAGAAAUAGAAACUUACAAGAAAUAA